AUGACAAAAACCGUUGUGGUGACCGGAUUUGGCCCGUUUGGACCCUGGGAAACGAAUCCGUCAACGGAGGUGGUCAAGAAUCUUUCCAAGCUUGGGCUCCCUGAAGUCAAUGACGCGAAUCUGGUGACCGACUUGAUGUCCGUGGAAUACAAUGAGGUCGACACGAAGGUGCACAACUACUGGAAAGAGCACUGCCCGGAUCUGAUCAUUCACGUUGGCGUGCACCCUGUAAAGAAGACGAUCAAGUUUGAGCAGCAAUCGUUCGGGGAUGGCUACUGCCGGGGCGAUGUGGCUGAGAAGUUGCCAGACAAUGGUAUGGCCCCAAAUUGCACUGUACACGGCGCCGAGUUGCGCUCGGGGAUCAAUUGUCUGGAUUUGGCGGAACGGGUGACCGGGGCCACUCGAGAAAAACACCCCGGGCUCACGAUCAUGGCCAGCGAGGACCCGGGCCGAUAUCUCUGCGGAUUCUCCUUCUACAUCUCGCUGUGCCACGACAAAUCGAAGGCGCUCUUCGUACACAUCCCGGAAUUUGAUGAGGAUGCAACCCUCGAGGCAAUCACCGAAAAGAAGCUAAACAUACCCGACACAGCCCAGUCCGUCGUUUGCGAAGUGGAAAAGCCGAAAAAGAUCCUGACCGACGCGGAGCGGCAGCGAAUGGAGAAGAUCGAGACGAUGAAAUGUAAAUCGAGCACAAAAGGCCACGACAUACAGCAAGCCGAUAUUCGUUUCCUACACGUUGAAGCCACCGGAAACGCACAGGGAAAGUUCGUGCUAGUCGAUAAGAAGUGGACGGUCAGUCGCUGCGUCGACACGACUAUCCGUCACUUCGCGCUCGUCAACACCGGCAGCGACGCUUGGGCAAAGAAAUAUCAACUCUACAAAGACGGCCAGAGGGAACCGUUGAGCCCGUCGGAAGAAAUUGGCAAGCUCAUCGACUUCAACAAGAAUAACGUCAGCUACGUACAGCUCAAACUGGAUCAA